AUGAAAGCUGAAUUUUCAGUUGAAGCCAUUGCCAAAGCUUGCUAUGAAAGGUUGUUUCGAUGGCUAGUAAAUAGAAUUAAUCGGUCUUUGGAUCGAACAAAACGACAAGGUGCAUCUUUUAUUGGUAUUCUUGACAUAGCUGGUUUUGAAAUUUUUGAGCUAAAUUCAUUUGAACAAUUGUGUAUUAACUACACAAAUGAAAAACUUCAACAACUGUUUAACCAUACUAUGUUUGUUUUGGAACAAGAAGAGUAUCAAAGGGAAGGUAUCGAAUGGAAAUUUAUUGAUUUUGGACUUGAUCUGCAACCUACAAUAGAUCUUAUAGAAAAGCCCAUGGGUAUUUUAGCACUGCUUGAUGAAGAAUGCUGGUUUCCAAAGGCAACUGAAAAGACGUUUGUUGACAAGUUAGACACAUCCCAUGCUGUUCAUCCAAAGUACAUUAAAUCUGAUUUUAGAGCCAAUGCAGAUUUUAGUAUCAUACAUUAUGCUGGGAAGGUUGAUUAUUCAGGUGCCAAAUGGCUGCUGAAAAAUAUGGAUCCUUUAAAUGAAAAUAUUGUAUCACUUCUCCAAAAUUCCCAAGAUCCUUUUGUUGUCCACAUUUGGAAAGAUGCUGAAAUUGUUGGAAUGGCUGCAGCUACUAUGGGUGAUACACAGUUUGGUGCUCGGACAAGAAAAGGAAUGUUUAGGACUGUUAGUCAGCUGUACAAGGAACAAUUAGCAAAAUUAAUGGCAACAUUGCGAAAUACUAAUCCAAACUUCGUUCGUUGUAUUAUUCCAAACCAUGAAAAAAGGGCUGGGAAAAUUGAUGCUCUUCUUGUAUUAGAUCAGCUACGCUGUAAUGGUGUUUUGGAAGGGAUUAGAAUAUGCAGGCAAGGAUUUCCCAACAGAAUUGCUUUCCAGGAGUUUAGACAAAGGUAUGAAUUAUUAACUCCAAAUGCUAUCCCAAAAGGUUUUAUGGAUGGAAAAUUAGCAUGUGAAAGAAUGAUUUAUGCUUUAGAUUUGGAUCCUAAUUUAUACCGUAUUGGCCAAAGUAAAAUUUUUUUCCGAGCUGGAGUUUUAGCUCACCUAGAAGAGGAAAGAGAUUUGAAAAUCUCCGAUUUAAUUAUACAAUUCCAAUCAUUUUGCCGUGGUGCUUUAGCACGAAGAAACUUCCACAAAAGACUGCAACAGCUAAAUGCUAUUAGAAUAAUACAAAGAAACUGUGCAGCCUACUUGAAACUCAGAAAUUGGGCUUGGUGGAGAUUAUAUACAAAGGUAAAACCACUUCUUCAAGUUACUAAACAAGAAGAAAAGCUUAGUGCCAAGGAAGAUGAGUUGAGACAAGUAAAGGAAAAAAUGGAGAAAGCAGAAGGUGAAGUUUCAGAACUGGAAAAAAAAUUGCAACAGUUAUCUGAAGAAAAAACUACACUUGCUGAGCAGCUACAAGCUGAGACUGAACUUUGUGCAGAAGCUGAAGAAUUAAGGUUACGGUUACAAGCGAGGAAGCAAGAACUGGAAGAUAUUUUACAAGAUAUGGAAGCAAGGAUUGAAGAAGAAGAAGAAAGAAAUCAAAACCUAACAGCUGAAAAAAAGAAAUUGCAAUUGACUAUCCAAGAUAUAGAAGAACAAUUAGAGGAAGAAGAAGGAGCUAGGCAGAAAUUGCAGCUUGAAAAAGUUACUUUAGAUUCAAAAAUAAAGAAGUUAGAAGAGGAUUUUGCUACUUUAGAAGACAGUAAUCAAAAAGUUGUUAAAGAAAGGAAAAUACUAGAAGAAAAACUCUUAGAGGUAUCUCAAAAUCUUAGUGAAGAAGAAGAAAAAUCUAAACAUUUAUCAAAAUUAAAAACUAGACAUGAAGCAACAAUAGCUGAUAUUGAUGAAAAGCUUAGAAGAGAACAGCAGGUUAGGCAAGAAUUGGAACGAGCCUCUCGUAAAGUUGAAACAGAGUUAAAUGAUUUAAAAGAGCAAUUAUUAGAGAAGAAGCAACACAUUGAAGAAGUACAAAUGCAGCUAGCAAGGAAAGAAGAUGAGUUAGCUCAAGCACUCAAUAAGUGUGACGAAGAACUUGUUGCUAAAGCUCAAGCUCAGAAAUUCCUUAGAGAAAUGGAAAAUCAACUGACAGAAGUUCAAGAGGAUUUAGAAGCAGAAAAAGAAGCAAGAGCGAAGGUAGAAAAACAAAAACGAGACUUAAAUGAGGAAUUGGAGGCAUUGAAAAAUGAGCUUUUAGAUUCAAUCGAUUCCACUGCAACGCAACAGGCUUUAAGAUCAAAAAUGGAAGAGGAACUUACUUUAUUAAAAAGAAAUUUAGAAGAAGAAACUUCAAUUCAUCAAAAUCAAAUAGGAGAUCUGCGGCAAAAGCAUACAAUGGUUGUAGAGAAACUAAAUGAACAAUUAGAUGCUGCCCAAAAGGCAAAAGCUGUUCUUGAAAAAAUGAAAUCUAAUUUAGAGAGUGAAAACAGCACACUGUCUUCUGAGUUACAAACUUUGUCGUCUGCUCGGCAAGAAUCUGAAAGACGGCGAAAGCAAAUAGAGAAUCAACUUCAAGAAGUUUCUAUUAAAUUUGAGGAAGUUGAGCGCAGCAAAGCUGAGAUGACUGAAAGAGCACAGAAAUUGCAAGCUGAAAUGGAAUCUGUAAGUGUACAAUUAGAAGAAAUGGAAUCAAAAGCUUCUCAAGCUCUUAAAAGUGCUGCAACAUUAGAAUCACAACUGGCUGAAAGUCAAGAACAGCUGCAAGAUGAAACUAGACAGAAAUUAGCUUUGAGCUCUAGAUUGAGGCAGUUAGAAAGUGAGAGAGAAAGUUUACAAGAACAGCUUGAUGAAGAAGAAGACAUCAAAAAGAAUCUUGAAAAGCAAAUUUCCCUUUUAACAAUCCAGGUUGCAGACUAUAAAAAGAAAGCUGAAGACGAAGCAGAUGCUUCAGUGUUGUUAGAAGAACAAAAAAAGAAGUUGGUCAAAGAUGUCGAUGUUUUGCAGCAUAAAUUAGACGAACUACAAGUAAUAUAUGAAAAACUUGACAAAUCGAAAAGAAAAUUGCAAUCAGAAGUUGAAGACCUAACGAUAGAAUUAGACAGUCAGAGGUCAAAAGUUUCAGAUUUAGAGAAGAAACAGCGUAAAUUUGAUCAGCUCCUAGCUGAAGAAAAAGCUAUUUCUGAACGAAUUAGCCAGGAAAAAGACAAUGUUGAGCGAGAAGCAAGAGAGAAGGAAACAAAGAUAUUGUCACUCCUUAGAGAUCUAGAAGAAAGGGAGGAACGUAUUGAUGAGCUUGAAAGGGUGAAAAAGCAACUGCAAGCUGAAUUGGAUGAAUUAGUCAAUAGCCAGGGUACAGCUGACAAAAAUGUACAUGAAUUAGAAAAAGCUAAAAGAAUUUUAGAAGGUCAAUUAGAAGAGCAAAAACAUCAGAUAGAAGAACUGGAGGAUGAAUUACAAUUGACUGAAGAUUCAAAACUUAGGCUUGAAGUAAAUAUGCAAGCCUUAAAAGCUCAACUUGAGAGAGAUCUUCAAGCAAGAGAUGAACAAAAUGAAGAAAAACGAAAAUCGUUAAUCAAACAGGUUAGAGAUUUAGAAGCAGAACUGGAAGAUGAACGCAAGCAAAGGACAGCUGCAAUUGCGUCCAGGAAGAAAUUAGAGGCAGACUACAAAGACAUGGAACAGCAACUUGAAAUUGCAAAUAAAGUUAAAGAAGAUGCUCUUAGGCAACUUAAAAAAAUACAGGCUCAAAUGAAGGAUUAUCAAAGGGAGGUUGAAGAAUCUCGUUUAUCUAAAGAAGAACUGGCAAUACAGACGAAGGAAGCUGAGAAAAAACAGAAAGUGCUUGAAACGGAAUUGAUUCAAUUGCAAGAAGAUCUUGCGAGUUCAGAAAGAGCAAGAAAAGCUGCUGAAUCUGAAAGAGAUGAACUCCAUGAAGAGAUUAAUAACAACGCAUCUAAAGGGUCUUUCUUGGUUGACGAGAAGCGAAGACUAGAAGCUCGCAUACAACAGCUCGAAGAGGAAAUGGAGGAAGAGCAAGGUAAUUCUGAAGUACUGCUAGAGAAAGCAAGGAAAGCUCAGACACAAAUUGAGCAACUUGCUGCUGAAUUAGCUUCAGAAAAAACAACAACACAAAUGCUAGAAAACAAUCGAAUACUCUUAGAAAGACAAAACAAAGAACUGAAAUUAAAACUUCAAGAAGUUGAGAGUUCUCAGAGAGCCAAAUCUAAGACAGCCAUAGCUUCAUUAGAAUCCAAACUAGGUCAACUAGAGGAACAGUUAGAAGAGGAAACAAGAGAAAAGCAAGUUCUUGCUAAAUCUAGUCGUAAGCUGGAAAAACGUGUAAAGGAGCUAUUAUUACAAUUAGAUGACGAACGUAGGCAUGCUGAUCAGUAUAAAGAACAGCUUGAAAAAGCCAAUAACCGAAUGAAAAAUCUGAAACGACAAUUAGAUGAAUCAGAGGAAGAGUGCUCUAGGGAGAAAGCAGCAAAGAGAAAAGUACAAAGAGAGUUAGAAGACCUACAUGAAAACUGUGAAGGUUUACAACGGGAAGUUACUAAUUUAAAAAAUAAAAUGAGGCGAGGUGGCAGUGGAUCUGGUGGAUCUUCAUCCUCAAUAUCUUCGAGACUGGGAUCUUUGAGUUCGAAAAGAGGGUCAAUAACAGUUGGAAUGGGGGAUGAUGGUAGUCCCACCAUGUCUCUGGCUGAUGAUUCGCCAAAUGAAGACAGCCAAGCAUGAUUCUCUCUGGACUUGCUGUAUAGCAUAUUAACAGUCAAUCAAGCAGGAGGCAAUAAGUAGGAAACCGACUCGAAAACAUUCCUAAUUCAAACUUUUCGGGCUUCAUCUUCUACUAAUACUCACAGUCACUACCUUUUGUAUAAUAAUUCAAAGAUCAACGAUGAGUGCCUCAUUUAAAUUGACAUUCAUUCCUACUUUUUUUAGUCAUGCCCCUGACAAAUUUUACUACUAAAACUGGACAGUUUAAGGAAUCUUACUAAUGAUGCCCACUGCCCGAGAGGCAUAAGAGUAUGGUAUAAAAAAAGAACAGCAAGCUAAGUUUUGUGAUGAACCCAUGUUUUUAAUUACUAUGCAUUAAUAUCUGCUAUCCCUUCGAAUAUAAUUGUCUGAAGUUUUUGACAAAAAUUUGGUAUUGUUUGUUGAUACAAUUCACUUGACUUGAAUACAAACUUGAAGCAAAAAUACUGGAAAAACUGCAAGCACCACAUUCAAGAUUCUGCCUGCCAAGAUUUUGUUUUCUAAUGGUAUUUAUAAGUGAUGUGCAACCACAAUAUUCAUGCUCUUAAAAUGUGUGCAAUAUGUGGCCUUUUUGUAGCAAAGUUUUUGAUAGCAUCAAAAAGAAAUAGCUUGAUUAUUGAAGGGAAAAUGCCUUAUUUUUCAAGCUAUGCAUACGAAAUGCCUAAUGAUGGCUUUGUGAUUGAACUCAGUUUCAAGUUGAAUUAUUAUUUUUGUAUGAUCAUUCAUUACAGUAUGUUUCUGUAAAUUGAAUAUCAAUUAAAGGGUUUGAAAUAUUUG